AAUCACAAGGCAUUGCCAACUUACGAAAGGUAUGGAUCGAAUGAUCAAAUGUUCCCAUCUACGAGUUCCUUAUUAACCCGCUUUCUUUGUCAACUGACUUCUACAACCUUGUUCACCACAGAUGUUUCGGAUCCCAGAUGGACAAUCUUCUGUGGAGAGUUUUUAUACCGCACGGAGUGACGAAGACGACGACCUCCUACCCGGAAGCGUGGGCGAAGAGCAAGUCAAGCAGGCGAUUCGUGAUAUUGCACACUCAAUACUUCGCGACAUGCCCCUGCGCUUGCUGAAUACCGAUGACGGAAAAAUCUAUUCUCGCACCGCUCUCAUCACGAAAUUUGAAGAGUCACCUACAUUUCGGUCGAUCGUCACCCUCACAACCACCAGGUCUGCUCUGAAACAAAAGAAGUACAUCUUUGAAGUGGUCAAAAACUUCUUUGCAUAUACCAUGCUCUCGCACAGAUGGGAGGGCGACGAACCUUGCUUCAGAGAUAUCCCUCUUGCGGGCGUUUAUACACUUUCUACAUCAAGAUUCGACAAAGUUCGUAAUCUAUGUGACAAGGCACGCAGUUGUGGAUUUCGUUGGACGUGGAUCGACACCUGUUGCAUUGACCAGAGGAGCAGUGCCGAAGUACAGAAGUCCAUCUCUUCCAUGUUCUCGUGGUAUCGCGGGUCGGCAUUGACAAUCAUCUACCUUUCUGAUGUCUUGGAAUCUAGCGACCAGGCGCUUUUGCUGAGUGAGUGGUUCCGGAGAGGCUGGACUCUUCAGGAACUGCUUGCCGCCAAAGUCAUCCGUCUCUACAAGAAGGACUGGACCCCGUUUUCUCAAUCCACGACAUUCAACCACAAGAACAUUGCUGAGAUCCUGGUCGCUUUAGAAUCCGUAACUGGGAUACAGAAAAGCUACCUCAAGUUCUAUUCUCCAAGUGUCGAACACCCUCGAAUGAAGCUCAGAUGGGCUCGUCAUAGAGUAACCAAGGAGAAGGAAGAUGAAGCGUAUUGCUUGAUGGGAAUCUUUGGAUUCACUAUGUCAGUUACCUACGGAGAGGGGGAUCAUGCAUUCUCUCGACUUUUGAUGGAGAUAAUGAAGCGCACGGGAGAUGCGACUCUCCUCGACUGGAUCGGGCAGCCUUCGACCCUGAAUAGUUGCCUUCCUUCCUCCCCAAAAUGUUUCAGGGACACUCCUUUUGCAAUUAUGGAAAUGUGUUUCGGUGGCCUUCCUCGCCCUGUUUUGAGCUUUGCGCUAGCUGCAAAGCUCGUCUAUGUGUUCAAAAGGGCUACCCGCAGGGCAAGAGACUCCUCUCGUCUUCAGAAUGGCACAACAUGUCCGGAGCCAAGCGUUGACGGGUCUGGUGACGAUGGCGCAGUACACAUUGCAAGGUCCACAAGCGGUCAGAGCAUUUUUUCGCUCAGACGGUCUACAAGCUUUCCGUUUGAAGACAGCGAGAUAAUGCCCCUUGCCAAACUGCUCGAGAAACCUCCAAGGCCAUACAUUCUUAACCCUGAGAUUCACAUCACUGUGCCGUGCUUUGUGCAUGAAGUACUGUCGCUUUUUUUUACGCCGGUCUCGGGAUCAUACCAUUGUCGUGCAGAUGGCAUCCAACCAUUCAGUCUUGUCACCACCGAGAGAUUGCAGACAUUCACAACUGAUCACCAAUCCUCAUUCCGUUAUCUGUUGGCACGAACAUGGGAUCCGCGACUGUCUUAUGACUCUUCGCACGUAUCCCACAUUACCAUACCGCUGCUUCGCCAACGACUCAAGAACCAGUUCUUUGCAAUCCUGCUGGAACAUCGUCAUGGCCGAUUCAGAAGAGUAUCUACGAAAGAACGUAUCGUUGCGGAGCUCGAGCUAUUUCCCCUGCAAACGUAUGGAGUACGGUUUCUUCAUCUUCAGUGACACAAUGAUGUAUUAUAUCCCUUGGUGCGUCGUCCAAGUCUUCGCAUAGGUAUAUCCAAGCCAAGCAUUGUUUCUUACCAUAAUCUGAUACAUACCUGAACAUUUGAUCAACUCACUCUAUUUAUCAUAUCAUUCUAAUCCAUCGCUGAUAUACAUAAGGUAUCAUCAGCCUGGAAGUCUCAUUUAUUAUUCUGAUCAUCUGUACGAUACAAUUGUGCAACUGCAUAUAUGAUAUUACUAUGUAUUUAGUGAGUACAUGUAC